CAAAUUCUAAAUUGUAAUAUUUUUAUUUUUUAUAUAUAAACAUAUACCUAUUACAAAUCAAAUCGUUUCAGGAUAUUGUGUCUACCGAGUUAUUUCACUGUUUACUUGUAUGCAAAUUAUUGUUUUAUUAAUCUUAUAAUGCAAAUUACCCUCGGUGAAAACUGGCAAGGCUGCUAUAGGCCAGACCUAUAUUAUUCACUGCUGCGAGUUCUUAAAAUGACCCAUAUACCCGUACAAAUACAGUGAAGCUACAAUGGAAGGGGACGGCGAGGGCAUGAUGGCGAUAGUCCAGGGGCUGGACUCCGCUGGAGUGACCUUGACAGUGAUGAACAGGUCCAGACAGAACACAGACAGAAGGAGAUCGCCAAGACCUAGGAUACAAUUCAGUGAAAACUCAAAUUUCCCUAGGUCUUCAGUGGACACCAGCACAGAUACCACGAGGAAAUCUGACACUGGCGUGCAGAUCUGUGAUGGAAGAUACGCCAGUAGUUAUAAGACUGCACACUGCAUGGUGAGUCCGACGUCUCCGCCAGAGGGAGUGUCGGAGUUCCCUCCGCAGAGGAAGGAGCCGUGUCGCAAUCAAGGGAACUUCGAAGUGGGUGGUCAUGGCAGUGGAUAUGUCAACCAGAGGACCAACUCGAGGUUCCGAGUGCACACCGGAUGCCAAGUCAGGGCUGAUAGAAGCAGUGGUGGUCUCCUCCACCGCAGCAGGUCCAGCCGAUACACGGAGGCGUUUGUCCACUCCCUAAGGAAGUACCCCUCGGUGACUGGCAGGACUGCCUCCACAGACCUCAUCGAGAGGCUCUUGAGAUAUACGCAGAGACUUUAUUGGUUAAGUCCAAGCGUGAUGGGCGUCGGGGAUCUUGAGACUAUAUCCGGCCACCGUGAACACGGGCCUGCGGACGCAUCUAGAGGGACCAGACCUUCAAGGAGCAUGAGAUCCUUAAAUGAAGAUGGCUCGUCAGAUCUUCACGAUAGCUUCAGGGCAUCGAAGCAUCAGCAGACGUAUACGAGAAAACCGAGGGAUGCACCGAGCGGGCCUAUUGGAUACAAGGGCAGGGCUAGGAACUUCAGGCUUUACUCGCCUGUUAGUGAGAGCAGACAUCUCAGAGGAAUUUUCUUUCCCUCCGAUUGUGGCAUAAACUCCCUGCAAAGAUUUUCCCAGCAGGCUAUAACAUGGGGUUCUUCAAGAAGAGAAUCUCUAUACAGAGAUCCAAAAUUCAGUACUAGCUACGACUAUUUGAAAGCGGGCAGUACUCGCAAUAGAUCGGACGGUUCUCCAAGCCCGUCCGGAUCCAGGAGCCCAUCGCAGCCGGCUCGUCCGCUCCGGUUCGAGCGACCAGCCCACUCCGUCAGAGACAUGAGCUUGAGUGACGUCUCCAAAUACAUCAGGAGUACCAUCCGACAGAUUUAUAGGGAACGGCCUUUUGCUUAUAGUUAUAAUGUUGGCGUAGUAUCUGGACGACACUGGGAUGCCGUCUCCUCCUUCUGCGAAGCAGUUAUGCUAGCUAAGAAGGAGGCAGGGCGCCCGUCGCGAGAGACACUCUGGGCAUCGGGGAUCGCGAAACGAUCUCCGGCCACCGUAAGCUCGGGCCUGCGGACGGCGAGCUCGGGUAACUCGCCGCUCGACCAGAACCAGGCCCGAGCGUACAACGCGUCGCGUUCCGCGCGCGCCUCAAGGAGCCAUCAGACCACCACAGAUGGGGCCCAAUAG